AUGGAACAGGACAAGCUGACAGAGCAGACCGCAGAGAACUGCACCGCAUUAGAGCACGAACCUGCGGCGAUCAACGUUCGUCCGCGCAGAGUAACUACACUCUCAGCGAAAGCUACAGAGAAUUAUGAAGCGAGCUGCGAACAGCAUCGCCGUAGAACAGACGCUGCAUGGGAGUGCGUCGAGGCGGCCAUCCUCAAGCUAUCCAACGCGCACGAAGAGGCUGUCGACGUUAUCGCUGCGCAGCUUCGUUCAAGCUAUGAGCGAUACAAGAAGAUCACCGACAAGUACACUGCUUUCUUGACCGCUACGGAGACGCAGGCAAGUCGGAAAGAGCUCGACAUGUUAAGUGCGAUAGACGCGGAUCGAGACAUGAUAGUGAAAGAGAGGCUUCGAGAGACCACGGAGCAAGCGCGCAACCUCAGAGCGGAAACUGCGUCGAAGCGCUCGCUAUCGGUCAGCUCAAGAGCUUCGUCAGUGUCACGACGCUCGCGUUCCUCGACCAUGAGCAUAGCUGCAGCACAGGCGCGUGCGCAGGCAGACGCCAUCAGAGCCAGGGCAGCCUUCAGCCGUAGAGAAGCUGCGAUGCGCCUCGAGAAAGCCAAGAUUGAUGCAGAACUAGAAAUCCUGCAUCACGAGAGAGAAGUGGCCGUCGCAGAAGCUCAAGCAAAUGCGUUGGAGGCAGCUGCGGAGCAGGAUGGCGGGGAGAGGUCACGAGUGACGCCUUCCAUUGACCCGACCUUACGGACCGCGAGCUAUGUAACCCAACAGGAAGAAUUAAACGGGAGGUUUCAGUCGCCUCAUUCACCUGUUGUCUCUAGGACAAACCGCGAUGAGAACGACAGCGUCCUUUCAGGAGCUGCUGUAGCUCAGAACAGUCCGACGGGCGUUCGCGUCAUUCAACCUCCGCCUAUUCAUGAGGUAGCGCCCGACGGUUCAAGCACGGAGCUGGCUGGUGUCCUAAAAUUCUUGUGCCGAAGAGAUCUUGUUUCGGGUGGCCUCACGAAGUUUGAUGACCAGCCCGAAAAUUAUCGCGCCUGGAAAUCGUCCUUCAAAGGUGUCACUCGUGAUCUGGGUCUCUCCCCUCGGGAGGAGUUAGAUCUACUUAUCAAGUGGCUCGGCCCAAGAUCUGCGACACAGGCACAAAGGCUCAAAUCUGUGCACGUGGAAGAUUUCGCAGCAGGUCUGAACACCGUGUGGAAUAGGUUAGACGGCACCUAUGGUUGCCCUGAGGUGGUGGAGGACUCUUUGCUAAAAAGACUCGAAGAUUUCCCGAGGGUGUCUCACCGGGAUGCCUUUAAACUUCAGGAGCUUAGCGAUCUUCUCCUUGAACUUGAAGUUGCAAAGGCGGACCCACAUUUGGCAGGUCUCAGGUACCUAGACACCGCAAGAGGAGUGAAUGCUAUCGUCGCAAAGCUCCCUCCCGGUCUGCAGGAGAAAUGGAUGUCGGCAGGGUCAAAAUACAAAAAAGAACAUCAGACUGCAUUUCCGCCGUUUUCCUUCUUCUCAAAAUUCAUAAUGGAUGAAGCCGGUAUGAGGAACGACCCAAGUUUUAAGCUUUCGCGCGAUACGCCAGCUGACUUCAGCGCAAGGAAACAGGACAACUCUAAAACAAGGCCGAAAGCAACCGUCUCCACAAAGAAAACUGAAAUCGACUCCACUUCAGCGGAUGCAUGUCAGGACACUAUCCCAAACGGGCAGCCAGCUCAGGCAAAGAACUCGGUGGACAAAUGGUGUCCCCUCCAUAAGAAGCCUCACCCCUUAGAGAAGUGUCGCGCCUUCCGAGAGAAGAAUCAGGAAGAAAGGACGGAAUUUCUCAGGCAGCAAGGAAUCUGCAUGCGCUGCUGUUUGUCGCACAGUCACAUCAAAGCGCAAUGCCAGGCAAUCUUGAGGUGCCGCGUAUGCGACAGUGGCGACCACGCUACAGCCUUACACGUUGCAUCGCCAAGUUCACCACUCUCGAGUGUAACCGCCUCCAACGUGAGCGCAGCAGAGAGUUCCGAGAGACGGGUAACAUCUACACGUACUCAUGUUGCGAGUGGAAGCGAUGACAGCAAGUCGUGCGCAAAACUUUGCCUUGUGGAUGUGGCUCACGACUCUGAUCCCAGCAAGACUCUUAGAGCAUACGUAAUCCUGGAUGAGCAAAGUAACCGCUCACUAAUCAAGUCAGAACUCCUUGAUUACUUCCGGGUGAACGGAACUCCUGUCCAGUACACAUUGCGCACCUGUUCAGGCAACACUGCGGUAGCUGGAAGAUCAGCCGACGGCUUCUCCAUACACAGCUUAGCCGGCGAUGUGAAGCUGCACCUUCCACCUUUGCUCGAGUGCAACGAGAUCCCUGAUAACAGGAGCGAAAUUCCAACUCCGGACGCUGCGCAGAGCUACCCUCAUUUAAGAAAAAUUGCGAAUGAGAUUCCGCCCAUUGACUCAGAAGCCAACAUUCUACUUCUCCUGGGACGAGACAUACUAAGAGCCCACAAGGUGCGCCGGACUCUCAACGGGCCGCACGACGCUCCUUACGCUCAGAAACUCGACCUGGGUUGGGUCAUCGUGGGCGACGUCUGCGCCAACCGCACGCGGAAGGCAACGAGCGUUAACGUGUUCAAGACUCACGUGCUGGAAAACGGACGGCCUUCGCUCUUCGAGCCAUGCUCCAAUCAUUUCUUCGUUAAAGAAACACCGGUCCCCAAGGCUAAUGAACUUCCGCCUCCUCAAGGCUCAACCGUAACGGCAGACACAAAAGGCAUCCAUUCCCAUCGGCUAUUUGAAACCACUAAUUCAGAUGAGCAGCGUGCUCUCUCUAUCGAGGACAGAAAAUUUAUCGAAAUGAUGGACAGGGAUUUCGCUCGAAACGAAACCAACAGCUGGGUCGCACCACUUCCAUUCCGCACCCCGAGAUGCAAGCUUCCGAACAACAGACAGCAAGCUCUCUCUCGUCUGUUUUCAUUGCGCAGAACGCUGCUGAGGAACCCGGAGACGAGGGAGCGUUUUAUGAGGUUCAUGGAGGAAUUGUUCGUGAGCGGACACGCCGAGGAAGCUCCCCCACUUUGUGAGAACGACGAGCGCUGGUAUUUGCCGAUAUUCGGUGUGUGCCACCCACAAAAGCCCGAUCAGAUAAGGGUAGUUUUUGAUUCAAGCGCUCAGCACGAAGGGGUCUCCCUAAACAGCGCCCUACUGACUGGUCCUGACAUGACAAACAAUCUUGUCGGAAUCUUGGUGCGCUUCCGGGAAGAACCGGUGGGAGUAAUGGCAGAUGUCCAACAAAUGUUUUACAGUUUCACGGUUCGAGAGGACCAUCGAGACUUCCUGAGGUUUCUCUGGUUCAGAGACAACGACUUGAACAGAGAGAUAAUUGAGUGCCGAAUGAAAGUACAUGUUUUCGGCAACAGCCCAUCGCCCGCCGUAGCUACCUAUGGGCUUCGACGAACAGCUCGAGAGGCUGUUCAGCAGUUCGGAGAGGACGCAAAGAAGUUUGUCGAAAGAGACUUCUACGUGGACGAUGCCCUGAAGUCGUUUCCAACCGAAGAGGAUGCCAUUGGCCUGUUAAAGACGACGCAACAAAUGCUUGCAUCUGCUAACAUUCGGCUGCACAAAAUAGCCUCAAACAGGCAAAACGUUUUGCUUGCGUUCCCAUCCGAGGACCACGCGAAAGGUUUGCAAAACCUCGACUUCAGCGCUGACCCAUUGCCCACACAGAGAAGCCUUGGCUUGCUUUGGGACGUACGCGACGACAGCUUCGUUUUCCGGGCCCCACUUCAGGACAAGCCAUAUACUCGGAGAGGUGUAUUAUCGACGGUCAAUAGCCUAUACGACCCGCUGGGUUUUGUAGCUCCAGUCACGGUGCAAGGAAAACAUCUGCUUCGCGAGCUGACUGCAGAAGGCUACGACUGGGACACUCCUCUCUCGGAGGACAAGCGACAACAGUGGGACGACUGGAAAACCUCGCUUCACGCAUUACAUGAUCUCCGAAUCGCACGAUCGUAUGCACCAAUGUCGCUACGCGAGGCCCGAUGCAAAGAACUUCACGUCUUCUCGGACGCGUCCACGAAAGCCGUAGCAGCAGUGGCAUAUCUGCGUGUGAUCGACGUAGACGGGGGCAAACACAUUGGAUUUGUUAUGGGAAAGGCCAAACUGACCCCUCAGCCAGAACACACCAUACCAAGGCUUGAGUUGUGUGCAGCGGUGCUUGCGGUUGAAAUGACUGAUUUCAUCCUACGAGAGAUAGACUUUCGGCCGGACUCAGUUGUAUUCUACACAGACAGCAAGGUGGUUUUGGGAUAUAUUUUCAACGAGACCAGGCGGUUCCACGUGUACGUAGCCAACAGAGUCCAGCGCAUUCGCAAGAGCACGCGACCGGAGCAGUGGAAGUACGUCCGCACGGACGAAAAUCCGGCAGACCACGCCACGAGAAUGGUGCCAGCGACGCGGCUCAAGGGCACGAACUGGUUCACGGCACCAGACUUCCUUUCGCGGCAUGAGACAGAUCCCGCAACACAGGAUUUCGUCCUCGUGGAUCCUGAUCAUGACAAAGAACUGAGGCCCGAGGCCAGCACGUUUGUUACCAAGGUGAACGUAAACGAACGACUCGGAUCCAACCGCUUCAGUAGGUUUUCAAGCUGGCAAUCACUACAACGCGCUGUCGCCAGUCUGAUCCGCGUAGUACGGCAGCGGGGAAAAGAGCCCCAGCCAGAGGCAGAUGCUGUGCUGCUGCUACUGAGGGCCAAGACUGUCGCAAUUGGGGCAGUACAGCAGGAUGCUUUCUCCGAGGAGAUACACUGCAUUCGUGAGCAAAAGUCACUUCCUAGAAAUAGCCCACUCCGAAAACUCGAUCCGUUUCUCGACGCACGCGGUUUGCUUCGCGUCGGCGGCCGCUUGAACAAAGGCGACUUUCCGGAUGACGAAAGAAACCCCCUGAUAAUCCCGGGCCGGCACCAUGUCGCGACACUCCUUGUGCGUCACUACCAUGAGCGUGUGCAACACCAAGGCAGACACUUUACUGAGGGCGCCAUUCGGUCGGCUGGUUUCUGGCUAAUUGGAGGCAAGAGGUGCAUCUGCUCAGUGCUGUCGGGUUGCGUUUUAUGCAAGAAGCUCAGGGGACGCUUCCAAGAGCAGAAAAUGGCCGACCUUCCAAAAGACCGGCUCAGCGAGGAUCCUCCCUUCACAAACGUUGGCAUUGACGUAUUUGGUUCAUGGACCAUCGCUGCCCGCCGAACAAGAGGUGGAAUAGCCAACAGCAAGCGCUGGGCAGUUAUAUUUACUUGCCUCAGCAUUCGCGCCGUGCACAUUGAAGUUAUCGAAUCACUCGACACGACAGCCUUCAUCAAUGCCCUUCGUAGGUUCUUGGCAAUACGAGGACCUGUCAAGCUGAUACGUUCUGACUGCGGAACAAACUUCGUCGGAGCGUGCAGGGAACUAGGAAUCAACGCCAAGAGCCUCGAUAGUUCAGACGUUGGCAACUUCCUUAGCGAAAACGGCUGCACGUGGGCAUUCAACCCACCACAUGCUUCUCAUAUGGGCGGAGCGUGGGAGCGGAUGAUUGGAAUCACACGCCGCAUCCUUGACUCUAUGCUCAUUCAGAACCGGCACCAUCAUCUCACGCACGACACGCUUGCGACCUUCAUGGCAGAAGUGUCCGCCAUCAUCAAUGCCAGGCCCUUAGCCCCCGUAUCAUAUGACCCCGAAGAUCCCUAUCUUCUCACUCCAGCAACUCUCCUGACACAAAAAACAGGGGAACAACGCGCCAGCUCCUGGAAAACUGGACACAGGCAACCUAUACAAGCGGCGCUGGCAACAAGUGCAGGGCCUCACUAA